UGCGCCGGAAGGCGGAAGCGGAGGAUGGCGGCGGGUGCGGGCGGGCUGCUGGUGGCCGCGGCGCUGCUGCUGUUGGCGGUGGCCGGGCCGCGCCCGGCCCCCGCCGAGCUCACAGAUGGCAACAGUGAACAUCUGAAACGGGAGCACUCGCUGAUGAAGCCGUAUCAGGGCGCGGGCUCCGCCGCGAUGCCGCUGUGGGACUUCCAGGGCAGCACCAUGGUCACCAGCCAGUACGUCCGCCUGACGCCCGACGAGCGCAGCCGCGAGGGCUCCAUCUGGAACCGCGUGCCCUGCUUCCUCAAGGACUGGGAGCUCCACGUCCACUUCAAGAUCCACGGAGCCGGCAAGAAGAACCUGCACGGGGACGGCCUGGCGCUAUGGUACACGCAGGAGCGCCUGGUGCCAGGUCCUGUCUUUGGCAGCAAGGACAAUUUUCAUGGACUGGCUAUUUUCCUGGAUACAUAUCCCAAUGAUGAAGCAGCAGAGCAUGUGUUCCCGUAUAUCUCUGCAAUGGUUAAUAAUGGCUCCCUGACGUACGACCACAGUAAGGAUGGGCGCUGGACGGAGCUGGCGGGGUGCACCGCUGACCUUCGGAACCAGAACCAUGACACUUUCCUGGCAAUUCGGUACUCCCGAGGUCGCCUGACGGUGAUGACUGAUGUGGAAGACAAGAACGAAUGGAAGAACUGCAUUGACAUUGCAGGGGUGCAGCUGCCAACCGGCUACUUCUUUGGUGCUUCUGCUGGCACUGGAGAUUUGUCUGACAAUCACGACAUUAUCUCGAUGAAGCUAUUCCAGCUCAUGGUAGAGCACCCUCUAGAAGAUGAGACCGUUGACUGGACCAAGAUUGAGCCUAGUGUCAGCCUCCUUAAAUCGCCCAAAGACAACGUGGAUGACCCAACGGGGAAUUUCCGAAGUGGGCCUCUGACAGGCUGGAAGGUGUUUCUGCUCCUGCUCUGCGCGCUGCUGGGCAUCAUUGUCUGCGCCGUGGUGGGAGCUGUGGUCUUCCAGAAACGCCAGGAGCGGAACAAACGUUUCUACUAGUGGAAGACCUGGGCUGUGCCCUGUGCCCAAACCCAUCUUUUCUAUGGGGAGCUGUAAAAACUGUGGUUUCUAAAAGCUGUUUCUGAGAAAUAUCAGAAGUAUUUUCUUAUCUGUCUGUUUGGCUGUAACCCCUGCCCGGUCCUUGGUGUCCGGUAGGUUGGACUGAGGUGGGUGAUGCCCCCUGGGCGCGCCCCCCCCCCCCCAGGGCUGUGGCAAAGGUGUCUGGAGGUUGCUCCCCUCUUUUUCCAGCGCUCCCCCUGCCAGACAGGACCUGCGGGGGGUGAGAAGCGGCGGCUGUGACCGGGAGGGGGCUGCGAGCGGGGCAUUAAAGGACUGACACCA